AUGUCGUUCCCGAAGACGAUACAGGCGAUCACCAUCAACAAGAACGGAGGCGUCGACGCUCUGGAGAAACAGUUGGUGCCGUUCCCUCAGCAGAACCCGAGCAAUGUCCUGGUGAAGGUUCAUUAUGGGGGUGUCAACUUCGUCGACACAUACUACCGAAGCGGACUCUACCCAACUAAGUCGUUUCCUCUCGCCAUUGGCACAGAGGCUUCUGGUGUCAUUGUCGCACUGCCGACAGAUGAAGCGGUAUUGAAUGAUGAACAGUACAAGAAGCGCGGAUACAAGGUCGGCGACAAGGUUGCGGUGAUGACUCUUGGAUCGCACGCCGAGUAUGUCUCUGCGCCCUACACGAAGGUCUACGCCGUGCCGGAAUCCGUCUCCCUUUUAAUUGCAGCUGCUAGUAUCCUCCAAGGUCUCACUGCGCUCACCUUCAUGACCGAGUCCUAUUACGUGAAAAAGGGCGACUAUGUCUUCAUCCACACCAUCGCGGGCGGUCUUGGCCUGAUCUUCAGCCAGAUAGCAAAGCAUCGCGGGGCGAUCGUAAUUGGGACGACGUCCACCCCGGAGAAAGCGGAGGUCGCGAAGAAGCAUGGUGCAGACCACGUAAUCCUUUACACUAAGGAGAACACCGUCGAUCGCGUGUUGGAGAUCACGAACGGCGAAGGCGUGCAUGUCGUGUAUGAUGGUGUUGGGAAGGAUACCUUUGAAGAUGACUUUAAGCUUUUGCGCCGAAAGGGCACGCUCGUCUCUGUGGGGAACGCCUCAGGGCCGGUACCGCCCUUCGCGCCCCUCAAGCUCGUUGAGAAGAAUCUCGCCAUUCUUCGUCCGGCCUUGGCGAACUACACCGUCACGCCAGAAGAGACCCUUCAGUACGGCACGGAGCUCUUCCAGCUCAUCUCUAGUGGCGUCAUCAAGAUCGUCGUGUACAAGGAAUACCCGUUCACGACAGAGGGUGUGCGUGAGGCUCAGACUGAUCUGACGACGAGGGGCGGGAAGACUAUCGGGAAGUUGGUGAUCAAGAUCGCGGAGAACUGA